AUGAGAAUAAGAAAAGAAAUUAUAAUGUUAUUUAUUUUAUUUACUGCAUUGUAUGCUAGUGCAGCACUGUCCUCCGCGGAUGAGAUAGGCCCAGAUGGUAAAAAUCCAGAGCAAGAAAAUCCACAGGAAGAAAAACCAGGCAUCUUUAAAAGAAUUGGCAAUUUUAUAAAAAGGACAUAUUUAAGAAUUAAAAACUCCUUUAAGAAAAAGAAAUCUGACAAUAAAGACGUAGCUUCAAAGCAGCCAGAAACUGGAAGUGUAAAUGAAGAAUCAUUUGUAAUGGUUGGAUCUGUUCAGCCUAUAAAUAAUUCAACAGAAAAGUCAUCUAUGAAAGAAAACGCUCCAACUGAAAAAGAUCAGCCACCAGCAAACACACCAAGUAAGACAAACGAGGAUAAAGACAAAGAAAAAAACCCAGCUGAGGAGGCUAAAACCCCAGGAGACGAAACCAAAAACCCAGCUGAGGAGGCUAAAACCCCAGGAGACGAAACCAAAAAACCUGGAGAGGAGGCUAAAACCCCAGGAGACGAAACCAAAAAACCUGGAGAGGAAAUGGGAUCUAAUCCGAAACAACCAGUAGCAGGUGAAAAACCACAGGCAUAGCAUAAUUGUAUAGCGUUAAAAAAUCAUAGCACACCAUAGCGGUUUACUUACAAUGCGGUUUCUGGCUAUGUAAGUAUAGUAAAGUCCGGCGUUUAGCAGGGGGCAAAG